UCGUCUAAUUCUCCAGUUCAUAAUUUUAGUUGCCCCGGCUGCGCCAGUCGCGAAGUUUUGGUUCAUAUUACCCUGUUUACGUGAUUUUGACAAUUAAUCGCGAUUCGCUUUUGUUUUGUUCUUUUUCUCGCCCUUUGUCGUCACCCCCGUAGCUAAAAUGUUUCCGUAUAGCUCGCAAAAGAAACACUGGAUGUUCAGCGACGAGAGCGAUUUGAUCGCUUUGCGGGAGAAGACCAACACUGAUUUUAUCGCGAAGCACGGCGCCAACAUGACUCCGGAGGAAAGGGAGGAGCACUUUCUGUCACACACGGACGAACGGACGUUGCUCCGUUUCUACGAAUUACAAUUAAGGGAUUUCUGUCGUCGAUUCAAUCCACCAAUGCCUCGCGCCACCGUGGCCACCGCCUUGCAUUACUUCAAGAGGUUUUACCUCAGAAACAGCGUGAUGGACUACCAUCCGAAGGAGAUUCUGGUCACCUGCGUUUAUCUGGCGUGCAAAGUCGAAGAAUUUAAUGUCUCUAUAUCUCAAUUUGUAGCAAAUAUUAAGGGGGAUAGAGAAAAGGCAUCCGACAUAAUUCUUAAUAACGAAUUGCUUCUAAUGCAGCAGUUGAAUUAUAAUCUCACUGUUCACAAUCCAUUCAGACCCGUAGAAGGAUUGAUGAUUGAUAUAAAGACAAGGUACACGUCGUUGGAAAAUCCUGAAAAAUUGAGGCUGCAUAUAGAUGAGUUCUUGGAAAGGGUUUUCCUGACAGACAGCGUUCUCCUUUAUGCUCCGAGUCAAGUUGCGCUGGCGGCAACUUUGCACGCGGCAUCCAGGGCUUCCGCAAAUCUGGACAAUUACGUCACUGACAUACUCUUCUCGAGGGAGCAAUUGGGUGGGAUCAUAGAAGCUGUGCGAAUUAUAGAAACUCUUAUAGAAAUACGCUCGAUGGCUAAAUGUGUGGAACCACCUUCGCGAGAGGCGGUAAAAGCUUUAGAGAAGAAACUAGAUAAAUGCAGAAAUCAGGAAAACAAUCCUGACAGCGAAAUAUACAAACAGAGAAUGCAGGAAAUGCUGGAUGAAGAGGAUUUACAGGAUAAUGAAAAAUAUGCAAAGAUUAUUCAGGAUCAGGCGGCCCACGACGACAAGAUUUUGGGAGUUAGUAAGAUUUUGUCUCCCUCUGCUUUGUGAUGAUAGAUGUAAACUUUGUACAAUAAUAAAAAUUUUCCAUAUGAA